AUGAUUUCUUACCAUCGUACGCUGCUUUCUUUAUUUUCUCAUACAGCAAAAAGUCCUGCUGAUGGUACUCCAAGAAGACCCGUUUUAUCUGUCAGUGCAAGAAAAAUUAAAGAUAAUGCAGCAGACUGGCAUAAUUUAAUGGUUAAAUGGGAGAGACUGAAUGAUGAUGGGUUUACUACAGCAAACAAAAUAGUCAACAUGAAGAUCAGUGAGCAAUUUCAAGACAACAAACUGGAGAUAGCAUGUGAUAACAGUGCCACAGAAUCUGAAAAGCCAACUCCAAAAUAUAAUCAAGAACUGGACAAUUGCUGUGCAGAAUUACUUGAGACCUUAAAGCAUAUGACAAAAAUACAACUGAAAAUGGAAAAGCUUACUUCGACUACUAAAGCAAUCUGUGACUUGGAAACAUUCCACCACGGAGCUGGGAAUUGCACAGCACCCUUUUUUCAUACGUGGCCCACACCGUACUUCUAUGACGUUUCUCUGAAGCUCUCCGAAAUGUACAAGAAGGAACUGCAACUCAAGCAAACAAUUGUACAAGAAAUUGCUCAUUCUGCUGACCAGGAUCUGAUGAUGGUCUAUUUAUCGUCAUGGUUAUACCAGCCUUACAUUGAGAACAGCAGCAAACUACUACUUGAAGCCAUGCUGCUGGAAACAGGACAUAGGCAGUGCUAGAAUUUCAAAUGUUACAUGGCUUGCUUCUAGUGAUGCUUACAUGAAACUGAAACGGCAAAUUGCAAGGCUUACCAAGUAAGUUGCAUUUUUGUAAAACUUAUUAAAAAUAUUUUUCUCUACUGGUAUUUAU